CUGGCUUUAUGUCAGAUUCUCUACGAAAUGUUUUUCUGUCAUACAAAAAUGUUGCUGAUUUAGUUAAGACUACCAACAGAGGACAGCAAAGCAAAGAUUCCUGGGUGUUGUUCGGAUUUAGCCCGAGGCAGUUUUAGCGUAUCGUCUCGUCAUUUUACAGUAUCUCUGAUACUGUAUCCGGUCACCUUUUGUAGAUCCGGACCCCUUUUAAAGAUCUCCGGGCUGAAGAGAUAUCAGUUUCGUUUCGUUGCACAGAAGUGUACCGAAUAUCAACCAAUCCCGACUUCUGCAGAUCGAGACAGAUCAUUGAACCUGCUACAGGUUUUGCGCAAUGUGAGACUUUCGUAAACAAGGAGGACAGGAGUGCAUUUUCAGCAUAGUUUUGUUUUCACGUAUUUCAUUCGAAUAUAUGAUCUUUUCCGUCUGUAGGAUCUUUAAAUAGGUACCUAAUUGGACAUCGCAGAACCCUGCUUUAGCACAAUGGCGUCCAGUGCUCCGGUGGUCAACGGGGACCUUUCUGGUGAUGCCCAAAGUACACCUGUUCGGUGUCUGGUCACACCGGAAGAAACAAUCGAACAAAUGAAACUUCUCAUCAAAGAGAAUACGGACCUGAAAGGUCCCUCAGAAACCCUGCAGCAGACCAACAGCAGCAUGAAGGAGAAGUUUGAGGAGCUUUCAGUGUGGAAGGAGAGACAGACGGGAGUGAUAGAAUUCCUUGAACGGAAACUGGAGGAGGCUAAAGAAAACAUUAGCAACCUCACUAGGGAAAACUUGGAACUGCAGAGGCUGAAGAAGUCUGACGGAGGGACCCAGGAUGAGGCCAGAAGAAGAGAGGUAGACACGCUGAACACUGUACAGGUGGAGAAGCUGAGCAGGGAGCUGCAGCAGGUGCGUUCUGAUCUGGAGAUAGCAGAGAGCAUCAACAAGACCCUGACUGACAGCUGUAGAGCGAUGGAGCAGGAGAAGCUGCAGCAGGGGAAGCAGAAGCAGGAGAAGCAGCUGCAGGAGAAGCUGCAGCAGGCGCUGCAGGAGAAGCAGAAGCAGGAGAAGCAGCUGCAGGAGAAGCUGCAGCAGGCGCUGCAGGAGAAGCUGCAACAGGAGAAGCAGCUGCAGGAGCUGCAGGAGAAGCAGAAGCAGGAGCUGCAGGAGAAGCAGAAGCAGGAGAAGCAGCUGCAGGAGAAGCUGCAGCAGGCGCUGCAGCAGCAGGAGCUGCAGUCCCAGAGGGUGGAGGAGCUGCAGAAGAGUCUGGCGCAGCUGCAAGAGGCCUACACCCAGCUGUCUGACGAGAACUGCAGGAUGAAGGAGGAAGUGAAGAGAGGAGAGAUCUCCAAGGAGGCAGUGAAUGUGCUCCAGACCAGGCUGGAGGCGGCUGAGAAAGCCCUGGCUGACAAGCAAGUGAAGAUGGAUGGGAUGAAGCAGGAGAUCUUCAGGAAGGAGAAGGAGCUGGAGACAAUCCCAGUGUUCCAAACACAGGCUGAGGUGUACUUGUUGGACUUCAACGCGGAGAGGGCGGCCAGAGAGAAGAUUCACGAGGAGAAAGAGCACCUGUGUUACGAGCUGGAGGCCCUGAAACAGCAGAACCGCUGCCUGCAGGAGGAGCUCGACGGUCUGGCCAGACAGUCCGUGACCGCGAUCCAGGGUCGCCAUCGGCCGCUACAAGGGGCCGGCCCUGCGGGUGGCGCUGCAGCGCACGACCAGCAGGGGGCCAGAGAUGUGGUGAACAUCCCAGAGCACACCUGUCCCAAAUGUAACUUAGCAACGCCUGACCUCGACAGCCUCCAGAUUCACAUCAUGGACUGCAUCAACUGACAGGUUGCCAUGGUGCCCUGGACACCAUGGCAACCUGUCGAUCAUACCACACACUGACAUCAAAAACCAUAACCAAUAUAAUGCUACCGUCUGCUAGCACAGCAAAGACCGUCUGCUAGCACAGCAAAGAACUCGUUUUUCCCAUGAAUUAUCCUUCCUCUAUCUCUGCAGUAAAGGCUUUUUAAAAGGUACUGGAUUUGUUUGAAUAAUUUUAUCAAUGAUUUAUUUUAUGUAUUUUCUCCAGUGGAAAACUGGUUUUGAAAUCAAUUAAUCAACAAAAGCCAUCAUGGCCAUUCAUGGUUAUUUUUAUUAUUAUGAUUGCGUUCUAUGCAUCUGAAUGUAUGUAAUGUAUCACAAUUACCGUUUUCACUGUGAUGAAGUCUAAAGACUGCCAAUGUCAGAUUUCUUAUAGACACUACUGUGGCCUAAAAUGUCUUAAAAUGAGUGUAAAUGAAUGUACUCAACCCCUCUGCUAACUGAUUAUCUGAGUAACACUCUGUGUUCUCUGCCUCCUGGGUGAAGAGUUGAGCUAAUUAGCAAAUCCAGGUGACUGGAUCAAAGUAGUGAGGAAGACUUCUACUUUCUGAGCCUGGAUUUUCCCCCUCUGACUUUCUGAUACAGUCAUGUGAUGUGACAAGUGGUUUUAUUCUUUUUGUAUGGAUACAUAUGUGUCAGAACCAUUUAUCUUGUUAUCAGAUUAAUCAUUAAUAUAUGUCUGUGAUUGAUAAUUACUGGUACCUCAACAUAAAAGCGUAAGCUUGUUGUCAUUUUGCAAAUUGAACUGCUCUCUGGUGUAGAAUAUAAAUGUAUCUCUUGAAUUUAACUGCAGCCAUUACGUUACAUCACAUUUAUUUGGCAGACGCUUUUAUCCAAAGCGACGUACAAUAAGUGCUUACCAGCCUUCUACCAAAGACUAAUAAAGUUUUAAGACAAAAUCUCCUA